ACCCUCCCUCUGCGGCUCUUUCCAAUAAAUAGAUUAAAAAGUUCACAAAUAAUAGAAACGGGUGUGUAUAUAUCAGUCAGUGGAGAUGAAUUCCUCUUCGCUGAAGUCCCUCAACUUCAUCCAAGCCUUGCAGCCCGCCAUGGUCUCCCCCACGAUUCCCGAUACGAAGCCUUUCAGUUCUGUGAAGUCAGUGGCAGUUGUUGGAGGUGGAGUUAGCGGGCUUGCUGCUGCAUAUAAGCUUAAGCUAAAUGGUUUGAGAGUCACCCUCUUUGAAGCUGAAGAUCGAGCUGGAGGAAAAAUUAGAAGCAACUCAUAUAAUGGUCUCAUAUGGGAUGAAGGAGCCAAUACCAUGACAGAAAGUGAAAUGGACGUUGGAAGAUUGAUUGAUGAGUUAGGCCUCCGAGAGAAACAACAAUUUCCCAUUUCCCAGACUAAGAGGUAUAUUGCAAAGGAUGGAUUGCCUGUGCUGAUUCCUUCUAAUCCUGUUGCAUUAAUAAAGAGCAAUAUCCUUUCUCCACAAUCAAAGUUAAAGCUUUUCUUGGAGCCAUUUUUGUGGAAGCGUUCUAGCUCAAAAGUUUCUGAGGAAUUUUCACAUGAGAGUGUGGGGCACUUCUUUCAACGUCAUUUUGGAGCAGAGGUAGUUGAUUAUUUUGUAGAUCCUUUUGUUGCUGGCUCUAGUGGGGGAGAUCCAGAAUCAUUAUCUAUGCGCCAUGCUUUUCCAGAAUUAUGGAGCCUGGAAAAAAGAUUUGGUUCAGUCAUAGUCGGGGCCAUCCGAUCUAAAUUUUCAGCCAAAGACAAAAAUAGUGAAAACAGGAAACCUUCGGGGAAAACAAAGAGUCAACGUGGUUCAUUUUCAUUUCAUGGUGGAAUGCAGGCACUCACAGACAUGUUGUGUACAAAGAUUGGUGGUGAUAACUUGAAACUGAACUCAAAGGUGUUGUCACUAGCCUGUAACUUUGAAGAAGGCUCUCCAUUCAGUAGCUGGUCGAUUUCUUAUGCAGCAAAGCAUGAUGACCAUACAACACUCGUAGACAAUCAGCCCUAUGAUGCAGUCAUAAUGACGGCUCCACUUUGUAAUGUUAAAGAGAUGAAGUUCACAAAAAUCGGGAACCCAUUUGUGCUAGAUUUUAUACCAAAGGUGAGCUAUCUUCCUUUGUCAGUCAUAGUUACCUCCUUUAGAAAGGAUUGUGUGAAAAGACCCCUUGAGGGUUUCGGUGUUCUAGUGCCUUCAAAAGAACAUAGAAAUGGAUUGAAAACCUUAGGUACUCUCUUUUCAUCCAUGAUGUUCCCCGAUCGAGCUACCAGUGACCAUUUUCUUUAUACUACCUUUGUUGGAGGAAGCCGGAACAGGGAUUUAGCCGGAGCUUCUUCGGAAGAGCUGAAACAAGUGGUUACUUCUGACCUCCAGCAGCUACUGGGUGUCGAGGGACAACCAACUUUUUAUGAAGUAAUGCACAUUUACUGGAGAAACGCCUUUCCGUUGUAUGGUCAUGACUACGAUCUUGUUUUGGAAUCGAUCGGCAAAUUGGAAAAGGAUCUUCCCGGGUUUUUCUAUGCAGGUAACCACAAGGAUGGAUUAUCAGUUGGGAAAGCAAUUGCAUCUGGAUGCAAAGCUGCAGAGCUUGUAAUAUCUCAUCUCAACUCCUCUUCAAAUAAAAUUUAAUGGCAAUUAUGUGCUUUUUGUUGUAUUUGUUAGUACAUGUAAUUUUAUCAUUUGUUUUUACAAUUUGGUUAUUGAAAAAUAAGAAGAAAAAUAUUAUGAAAACAGUAAUGUUGCCAUUUGGGCAAUCUUCAACA